GCUUGUGGGUCAAACAACUGUCAACAUCGCACGUCUGCAUGUUCGUAACCGCACUACUGCAUUGAAAAGGGGUCAAAGGCCACAAAAAAAAAGCAAAAAAACAAAUGUUUCUUGUCAGUUCGAAUGCUCCCUACAGGACUUGAACCUGUGACCUCCACAUCUCGUACGACAGAAUUGACGAUUACUAGUGUGGCGCUGCUACCACUGAGCUAAGAGAGCGUGUUGACUGAAGUUGCUGAUCUGACAACCAGAUGCUUCGUGAAAUAUGAUGGAAUAAAACUUGAAUGUGCUUAUUAGGCAGCUCGGCCCGAUGGAGAUUCCCUUCAAGGCACUCCGGUGGAAAACGUUCACCGCCUUUCCCUGUCAGUAUGCUCACUCUUUACCGUGGUCCUUUUGGACAUCGUCUCCAUCACUGAAUGUGGCCGGCUCUUGUCUGGUACGGUUGACGUGGAGAGAAAAGACAUCCAACCUCUGAUACCCUCCGACCACGUCGUGGUACUGCUUGCCUUCGAUGCACUCGUUCAAAUCCAAAGUGGCGUACAAAAUGCCCUCUUCAUCCUUCAACGUGUGCCUGGUGGACAUGGUUCUUGUGUCUGGAUCGAUCACGUAGCCUGACACGGUCUUUCCAUUCGGGUCGAGGAACUGACUUGCAGCACGGGGAUAUCUUUUGAGCAUACUCUUGAUCUCCUCGGGAUUUUCGGUCAUGGAGGCAAUCUCGUCCAUUGCAGCGUCGUCCAGAUUGGCGGCGCACAUGACGCCAAAGCAUUUGGCCUCGAAGCAGUGCGCGGCUGCCCUGGUAUGAUUUGCAGUGACGUUGUCGUAAUUACGACUGGUCUCGGCGCCAGGCGUGUCUUCACUGAUGGCCCGGGUCGGCCAGAUGGCAGGCCAGGUCGAGAUAUGGACCUGCUCGCCCUGGCUCAUCAAGGUGUACCGGGCCAGCGGGUUGGUGUUUUCACCACAGAUCAAGGCCCCUAUCUUGCCAUAUGGGGUGUCUGCUACGCGAAGGCCAUAGCCGUCCCCAGGGGCCCAGCUCAGCUUCUCGAAGAAGGUGGGCAUCAAUUUGCGGUGGUGGACCAAGAUCUGGCCAUCCUCACCGAUGAUCAGAUUGGUGUUGAACAGUGUCGCGGAGCUAUAUGGAACUUUCUCGGAUAUGCCCAAGCUAACUGUGACGCAAUGCUUGGAGGCUGCUUCACGGAUCGCGGCAACUUCCUCCCCAUCUACAUAUAGUGGUUGCGAAGCGAGGCGGCGGAAGAAAUGAUGAGUCUUGGUUGGCGGCAGGAUCGACGACCAUACGGGGAAUCCGGGGAUGGACGCCUCCGGGAAGACGACCAAUUUGGCUGACUGGCUUGCCGCGGUCUGAAUGAAGCUGAUGGUCUUUUGGGUCGUCCGCUCGGCAGAGAGCAGAUGUGGAGUGAGAUGGCACGCGGCCGCUUUCAAUUUGGGAAGAGCCAUGUUACAACAUAAAGCCUACCUUUGGGCAUAGCAACGCCCGGCAUCACGGCGGAGAAGGGAAGAAUCACCUCGGAGAGCUCCAGCAGUUGAUGGUGGAGAUGUAGGGCUGUAUGUCAGCCCAGCCAGUAGUGUGGUCUGAUACAGCAUGCAGUAGCAAUAGAGCCGAGAAACAGGUUCAGAAAAUCUGGACUUGUAGUGGUUAAGCAGGGCUAGGUCGGCGCCCGCAACGAAUGAUGGACUGCUAACCAGCGUCCGGCCCUGUAGAUGAUUCUGGGGUAAAGGACGGAAUUCUGGAGCAAUCGGAAGGGCGGAUAGUGCCAGUGGACAAGGCCGGGCUGACUGAUAGUGGACGGUCUAAUAUGGGACUAUGGAGCGGUAUCUGUUGCCCUUUUGAUUGUCUUUCUCCGCCCGAGCUUGUUGGAGCAUCAGCCUCGGCUCUCGGAUGAGGUGACUACACGACCGCUGACCAAACAACCAACCUGACAACCAGGGCUGCUGAGCACCUCAGGUCAUUAAUAAACUGGUCAUUGAUUCAGUUCUGCUUCUGUAUUAUAUUCCCUUGGUCUUCUCAACUCGCAAUAUCGGGCGAUCUCUUCCUCGAAUCUGUGCUGUCGAUAACUCUGCAACAUGUCGGUCCCUUACUUGAUCAACAGCGCCACUGGCCACAUUCCGGCGUCGGAAAGGAUUCCCGUCAUUGCGCGGCCUUUUGUGAGCGAACGAGCGAAGAAGACUUUGGACCUGGUUGAGAGAUUCGUCGAGGAAGAAUGCAUCCCAGCCGAUGCCGUCUUCAAGCAACAGAUCGGCGAAGGGGCCGUGCAGCGCUUCGACUCACAUCCUCAGAUCAUUGAGGACCUGAAAGUCAAGGCGCGGAAACUGGGCCUGUGGAACAUGUUCCUGCCCAAGAACCACUUCAAGGAGGGUGCUGGCUUCAGCAACCUCGAGUACGGCCUGAUGGCCGAGUACCUUGGCAAAUCUGUUGUUGCCAGCGAGGCAACCAACUGUGCCGCCCCUGACACGGGCAACAUGGAGGUGUUUGCCAAGUACGGCACCGAGGAGCAGAAGAAGAAGUGGCUGGUUCCCCUGCUGAACGGCGAGAUCCGAUCCGCUUUCUUGAUGACCGAACCCGGCGUUGCCAGCAGUGAUGCCACCAACAUCGAGCUGGACAUGAAGAAGGAUGGUGACUACUACGUUUUGAACGGACAGAAAUGGUGGUCCAGCGGUGCCGGCGACCGCCGCUGCAAGAUCUACAUUGUCAUGGGCAAGACAGAUCCUCGCAAUCCGGACAAAUACAGACAACAAUCCGUCAUCCUCGUCCCGGCCGACACCCCAGGCAUCACUAUCACCCGGAUGUUGUCGGUCAUUGGAUUCGAUGACGCCCCGCACGGCCACGGUCAUAUUGAAUUCAACAAUGUCCGCGUGCACAAGAGCAACCUGGUUCUCGGCGAGGGCCGUGGUUUCGAAGUCAUUCAAGGCCGUUUGGGACCCGGCAGAAUCCACCAUGCCAUGAGAUCUGUUGGCGCUGCCGAGAAAGCCCUCGAGUUGUUCCUCGCCCGAAUCAAUGACCCAUCCAAGAAGCCAUUCGGCAAGCAACUGCAUGAGCACGGCAUCAUGCUAGAGCGAGUGGCCAAGUCGCGUAUUGAGAUCGAUGCCUCGCGCCUGGCCGUGCUGAAUGCCGCCAUCAAGAUCGACCAGAGCAACGCCAAGGACGCCCUCAAGGAGAUUGCCGAGGUCAAGGUCCAGGUCCCAAACAUGCUGUUGGAGGUGCUCGACCGCGCCAUCCAAGCUUACGGUGGCGCCGGUGUCUCCCAGGACACGCCCCUGGCCGCCAUGUGGGCCAACGGUCGAACCAUGAGAAUCGUCGACGGGCCGGAUGAGGUGCAUAUCCUGCAACUCGGUCGCAACGAGAACAAGCGUGGCCCCGCCCUGUUGAAGCGCAUUCAGGCCCAGAAGGAGAAGACCAGAGAACUGCUUAGGCAAUAUGGCCUUGAGGUGAAAGAUCCUCUGCAGCUCAACCGCGUCAGCGGAGGCAGCCAGUCCAAAUUGUAAACAGAACAGAACAGAACAGCUAUAUAUACCUACCUAGGAGAGGAUGGCGUGGCACAAGACAAAGUGUCUGAUCUGCUAGUCAUGGAGCUUGAAGUUCUGGAUGUUUGGGACACUGGCACAAUGGGAAAAUAUUUUGUUACGCCGUCUUCUUGCUAGAAAUUCCCUCUGCUUCUCCGACCGCUUAUGGGGCAUCCGUAUCACUUGCUGUAUCCAUGCUGUCCCAUUAAGCGUGCACCUUGGAAGUUGUUCUUUCGACAGGCAGAUAGUAUCGACAGUCAUUGAACUCCAGAUUAUGCUCUUCGUCAAUGUAGCUGAGCGCAUCAUAUCUACCAGGUCAUCUGGGCAAUAUAUAAUGGGAUGAAGCAGCAUAAGUCUGUGAGCAGGUACAAGAAUAGGAUAUGCAUUUUCAUCGC